AUGUCGAAAGCUUUGGGCACUUUCAGAGCCGUCUACCUUGUCGCGCUUUGCUGUGUCGGCUCAUUCUUGUUCGCGUACGACACAGGUAUCGUCGGUGGCAUCCUCACCUUUCCCAGUUUUCGAAGGGACUUUCGUUAUGAAGAGAAAGAUCGAGCAACCGUCGGGUCUAACUCGACCAGUCUUUUACAAGCUGGAGCUUUUUUCGCUUGCUUUUUCGUCUGGCCUUUCACAGCCCGCUUUGGCCGUCGUUGGUCUAUCGUUCUUGCUUCGAUAAUCUUCAAUAUCGGCGCCGUCAUCCAAACGAUUAACACCCACUCGCUGGGAGCAUUCUACGCUGCCCGCGUCAUCAGCGGCAUCGGCGUUGGCAUGGCCACGGUCAUCAUCCCCAUGUACUCGGCCGAGAUGGCGCCCAAGAACAUCCGCGGCACCCUCGGCAGCAUAUGGGCCGAGAUCCUAGCGGGCAUUGAAGAGGAAGAUCGUGUCAAAUCCGGUGUCACUUGGAAAGAGCUUCUGCAACCCAUCAACAGAUGGCGCGUGAUUCUCAUCAUUGCUCUGCAGAUCGGCGUUCAACUGACCGGGAACACAUCGAUGGCCUAUUACGCACCCCAAAUCUUCUCGCUCGUCGGCGCCGGCCAGAACAAGCUGCUUCUUACUGGCUUUUUCGGCGUCUGCAAGGUUGUAGCCUGUCUCUUCUUUCUGUUAUUCCUCGUUGAGCGCAUCGGGCGCCGCGGCUCACUGAUGCUGGGCGCUUUCCUCAUGGGCAUGUACAUGCUCAUAGUCGCUGUCCUGACUGUCACGUUCCCACCGAACCCAGACCAAGGCCUGACGCCGCCGUCGAUUGCGUCCCUGACAAUGAUCUACCUCGAGGCCAUGAGCUACAACAUUUCCUGGGGCCCCGUGCCAUGGGUGUACAUGGGCGAGAUCUUCCCGACGCGCAUCCGCGAGGCUGGUAUCGCAAUUGGUACAUCAACGCAGUGGCUUUUCAACUUCGUCUUCUCGCAGGUCACGCCUCACGCGGUGGAAAAUCUCGGCUGGCGCACGUUCCUAAUGUUUGCCAUAUUCAACUGGGCGCUCGUUGUCUUCGUGUGGUUCUUUAUCAAGGAAACGAAGGGGAAGUCGCUGGAAGAGAUGGAAACUUUGUUUGCCCGACAAAUUGGCGUCAAGGACCAUGAGGCUGCGAGAGAAGGUACGAAGGUCAAUGGGACGGAAGAUCAAUCCGAGCAGAGAUAG